AUGAUGAAGAACGUGAAGAAGGCGGGGCCAGAGUUCGCGACAGGUGAAACGUUUGUGUGGUGGGACAUGGACAGCUGUCCGCUCCCAAAUGGUUAUGAGCCAAGUCGGGUCGGUCCGAGAAUAGACACGGAGCUGAAGAAUCUAGGCUACAACGGUCCGCUCACCAUCAUUGCCGUUGGUAACCUGGAAGGAGUCCCUCUUGACUUCCUGAAAGCCCUCUCUUCCGGUGGAGUCGUUAUCAAACAGCUUCAACUAGGAUCCAACAUGACCCAGUGUGUGGUUAAGGCUUUAUACUCGUCUGAAAGUCGUUCUGAACCUCCGUUGACAAUGAUGGUCAUAUCCGCCGUCCAUGCCGAACUUUUGGAAGAAAUCGUUUUCGUGGUUCAUAAAGGUGGCUCCUCCUCUUACAAUCUUCUUCUGGCUUAUCCAUACGUUACCGAACAUGCAGACCCAGAGCCUUCAUCCCUACUAGUCGACAACUUUGGUGGAGAGUGGGUCUGGGAUAGGUUUGGCUUACUGAAAGAUUCAGGGUAUGAGACGAGGAGACAGGACACUGGCUGUGAACUGCAUUAUUGCGGAUUAUGCAAAUUUUCUUCCGACAGCUUUGAUGAUUUCGCCACGCACCUCACAACUCGCCCACAUGCAGAUAAUAUGGAUGAGUAUCUUGAUUACCUUGCGGCCAAGUUUAACAGUGGAGCAGAACUUUAUGAGGCCUAUAAGCUUCGAGAGCCUUAUCUUAAAAAAUUGGAGGCAAAAAGACAAGAUUUUCUAGAGUGGGCCAAUCGUUUCCAAUAUGAUGCUGAUGAUGAUCCAAAGACUGAGAAGUUGGAGAUUGCAUAAGAAGCAGAUUGUUCUCUUCCAAAGAAUGCUACUACCAUGUUCUUGUAGAGAGGCCUCUUUUAUCUUAAUGAAAAAAACUUGUCUUGUUGUUGUUGUUGUCUAGUUGCUGUUUACAAGUCUUGUUUUUAUAUUUUGUGUUAGCUCAUACUUGCAAAUUCCAUUCAUACAUAUAUACAUUGAUAUAUUAACUGCAUAGUAUAAGUUUUUCUUUU